GGGUCUCGGUCCGGGAAGUCGGGGCGUGCUCUGCCUGCCGGCGGCUCCAGAUCGUGCCAAGUCGCCGCGGGACCCCGCCGCCAGCUCGCCACCGCGCAGCCCUCCGUCCUCGCCUUCCCCCGGCGCAGCUCGGAGCCCAGGAGACGGCCUGACCGCUUCCUCGGAGCAGGGCGCCUGGGACCGCCCGCCCGCCGUCUGGCCUCCGCCCUGGAGCCACCCCUCCCAGAGGAGCUGCGCGCUCGGCUGGCGCUUGGACCCCUCGGCAGCCCAGCCGCAGGUGCCCGCCCGCCUCCGCCCAGCCCAGCGCUCACACCGGCGGCUGCCGGGGCACCCAGGCUGGUAGGUUCCAUUCCCCGCUCACUCCUCUUGCUCGGAGUUGCUCUUUUAGCCCCUGUUCCCCGGGUGGAAGCACCAGUCUGACCUUCUCCGAAGGCGUGAAGGGAUAACGGAGCUAGAUACCUAGCUGAGGUUUCCAGACCCCUUUUGAGUGAAGAUGAAUGUUUCUGCUGGAAUAAUGUAAGUGGAAGAUCCAGGUCUGGGUAGACUCGACUAUGGGAGCCAACACUUCAAGCAAACCACCAGUGUUUGAUGAAAAUGAUGAUGUCAACUUUGACCACUUUGAAAUUUUGCGAGCCAUUGGGAAAGGCAGCUUCGGGAAGGUCUGCAUCGUACAGAAGAACGAUACCAAGAAGAUGUAUGCGAUGAAGUACAUGAACAAACAGAAGUGCGUGGAGCGCAACGAAGUGAGGAAUGUCUUCAAGGAGCUCCAGAUCAUGCAGGGACUGGAGCACCCUUUCCUGGUCAAUUUGUGGUAUUCCUUCCAAGAUGAGGAAGAUAUGUUCAUGGUGGUGGACCUUCUGCUGGGUGGGGACCUGCGUUACCACCUGCAGCAGAAUGUCCGCUUCCAGGAAGACACUGUGAAGCUCUUCAUCUGUGAGCUGGCCAUGGCCUUGGACUACCUGCAGAGCCAGCGCAUCAUUCACAGGGAUAUGAAACCUGACAAUAUUUUGCUUGAUGAACACGGGCACGUGCACAUCACAGACUUCAACAUUGCCACGAUGCUGCCCGGGGAGAUGCGGAUCACCACUGUGGCUGGCACCAAGCCUUACAUGGCACCUGAGAUGUUCAGCUGCAGAAGAGAAGCAGGCUAUUCCUUUGCUGUUGACUGGUGGUCCCUGGGAGUGACAGCAUAUGAGCUGCUGAGAGGCCGGAGACCUUAUCAUAUUCGCUCCAGUACUUCCAGCAAGGAAAUUGCACACAUGUUUGAGACAGCACUAGUGACUUACCCUUCUGCCUGGUCACAGGAGAUGGUAUCCCUUCUUAAAAAGCUACUUGAACUGAAUCCGGACCACCGAUUUUCCCAUUUGUCCGAUAUUCAAAACUUCCCAUAUCUGAAUGAUAUGAACUGGGAUGCAGUUCUGCAGAAGAGGCUCAUUCCAGGAUUUGUUCCUAACAAAGGCAGGCUGAAUUGUGACCCCACCUUUGAACUGGAAGAAAUGAUUUUGGAGUCCAAGCCUCUUCACAAGAAAAAGAAGCGUCUGGCCAAGAAGGAGAAGGAGAUGAGGAAAUGCGAUUCCUCUCAGAAGACAUGCCUUCUUCAAGAGCACCUUGAAUCUGUCCAAAAGGAGUUCAUAAUUUUCAACAGAGAAAAAGUCAAAAGGGACUUUCAUAAAAGACAAGCAAAUCAAGCCUUGGAACAAACCAAAGACCCAAAAGGAGAGGAUGGUCAGAAUAGCAACCUGUGAAGUCCUCACCAUCUUCUUGGGACAUUUCCACGUCAGGAAGAGCUGACAAUAAUUCUCACCUCUCCACACCUCACACACCUUAGAAAAUGUGAAUGAUGCCUUGGGAAGGAGGCAGCAUGACGCAGGGAAGAGUCCCUAGGUUCCUGGGAACUAGUUUCACAAAUAACUGUGUGACCUUGAGCAAGUCACUUAAUCCCUUUCUCUGCUUCAGUUUGUUCAUCUAAAAUGAGAAGUUAAUACUAGAUGAGCUCUACGCUGCCUUUUUACUGCCACCAUCCUGUUACUCUUAAUAGCCUCUAUUUUUACUUUAAAAGGAAUAUUUGGAUGUAGAUUUAUUUUUCCACUCCUCAUUACACUGUGACAAAUGGACUUCGGUGGCUGAUGGAGUGAAGCCCUUGAGAGCUAGAAAACUUCAUAAGGCAGCCAGGAUCCUCAAACCCAACUGAAUAGGAGUAAGGAAAGCAUUCAGGAAGAAUUGAGUGGGACCAGGUAAGACGUAACACAUACUGGUGAGGGCCCUCCAGUGGUGUGCUGGACUUGAACACUAUACCAGCUUGUAUCAGCUAGUAAGAGCUGCGAGGCAUAAAUGCCCCAACACCCUGUUCGGUGAUGUGACAUUGAGAAAUUGAAAUUGGUGAUGGUGGAAAUAUUUAUACCAUGGAAACUGGCAGAUGCUACAAAUAGGGCUUUUUUCCCCCCUCCCAGCAAGCCAGUUCUGAAAUAUUUAGCACACCACUGGCCUUCUUCUAGAAGCAUGUUCCUUGAGAACUGUUUACCUCUUAAGACUAUCAGAGACCUGGGUCCAGACAGGAUUAGAAAGAACAUUGUCACAUUGAAAACACAUCCAACUUAUAGUACACUGACGUUGUAUCUUACACGGGAGUUAUAGUCUAAGUUAGAAUGUGAGGUGAAUUUGGAAGACAGUAAAAUUUACCCUUGAAAAAUCCCUUUAAUAUACAUUAACAUAUGGUGAGUAUGUUUUCUUAGAGAAGCCCAAUAUCAUUCAGGCCCUUCACUAAUAAAGCGAGUCAUCUUUGAUUCACUUUUUUGGGUCUCAUUUUAAGCUAAUACCAGAUGCACUAAAAUAUUGAACAGAUUGGCUUGGUAGCCUAGACUCACACUUCAAACUGUGGAAUGCCCACACAUCUGCGAGGUCUAAGGUCAUGGAAACUGAAUAAGGGAACAGCAAUACCUACUUGUGUUUACUGCAAAGAAUGGCAGGCCGAAUCGCCUAUCUACAAUAUUUUAUCUGCCAAAUGCAAAGUUUAACUUGCCUAAGUUAAGAUGUAACUCUACUCUCCAGAUACACAGAAGAUCUUUGCAGAAGAACUGUGUUUUGGCAACUGUUUUUUGGUGGGGGACUGUUGUAACUCUUAGCCAUUCAGAUCAUCAAAACCUUGUCCUUCCUUAUGGAGCGAAUGGGGCUCAUCAAGGCGGCAGUAAGUUGUCAAUAGGGGAGACCAGACAGGUGGAAACAAACAGAAGUAACAGACACUGGUACAUAGGACUUUUCCAGAAGGGAGGUCACUCUGGGCAACUCAACAUGAGAAGAAAAGCCAUGCUGAACUGUAAACUCAACAAUGAUGGUUAAGAACUUCUGGCCUUGAAAACCUACACAGUGCCUCUCUGCUCUAAGAGUAACCACAUUUCUGUUUAGAAUUAAAGGCCAGAUCCUGUGUUCUGUUUGAUUCCUUUUCUCUACAUUUCCCCCACAUGAUCUGUCUGUGCUAGUUUUUCUCCCAUAUAGAAAUUAUGGCUCAGUUUCCCAAGGUGGGGAGGGGGUUGACCAAAUCUGUAAGGAGGUGACCAGAUUCUGCUUCUCGUUGGUAAUCAGGAGUGUCAGGGGGCACGUGCAUGUUUACCAACUUCCAUCUUUCGUUUGUUUGGAGUCAAGCCCUGAUGUGCGUGGACUCAUCUCUCCAGUCACCUGGUUCCCCCUCUUUCUCUGACCUUGUCUAUUAUCAUCCCAGUGGAGAGACUUUUGGAAGGAUUCACCCAAGGGCAGUGGGAUUAGCAGGGUCUCCAUUGGGAUGAGAGUUAAUCAUUUAUGCCAUUUAAUGUCUACUCAGUUAAUAAUGGGAUAGGAACGCAAUACAACUAGGUAUGUCUGUAGGGUGAAUAUCUAGUUUUUACUUCCAGUGACCUUCUUCUGUGUCUGCAGCACCUUUGUGGGCUUUCAGGAACCUUGGAUCCAAUGACUAGAGGGCACAGCCUGAGAGAGGUUAAGAUAAGAUUUCCAGUCCUCAUCAGGUUACAGAGCCACAAGGUAGUUCAAGUUGGAAAAUAAAAGGCAUUGGAUCUAUCAGUGUAGAACAACUGAUCCCAAGGAACUCCACUGGAUAUUUUGAGUGCUAGGACAAAAGUUUCCCCAAAUAUAAAAGGAUUCCUAAGUCCUUACCGGGGCUUCCCUGCCAGCUCAGAUGGUAAAGCAUCUGCCUGCAGUGCGGGAGACCCGGGUUCAAUUCCUGAGUCGGGAAGAUCCCCUGGAGAAGGAAAUGGCAAUCCACUCCAGUAAUCUUGACUGGAAAAUCCCAUGGACAGAGGAGCCUGACAGGCUAUAGUCCCUGGGGUCACGUAGAGUCAGACACGACUGAGAGACUUCAGUAAGUCCUUACCAUGACUGCCAGUUGUUGAAAUCAGAUCCUUGGGUUUCAUUCCAUAACCUGGGCUAAAACUGACUACCCUACUGGGUGAAACAUAUCUAGGUUUAUGACUGCCAAGGCUCAGGGCUAAGAAUUUUUAGAAAAAAUUACAAAAAAUAGGGUGACUCUUAAAUCCUUUUGUCCGGCAUUUCUGGCAUCUCAUUUUCCCUCACAGCUCCCUUACCUGUGUGGGACGUCUGAAAAGUCUGAGCAGGUUUGCAAGCCCAGGAGCACCUGGUUCUAACACACUGGCAUUCCAGAGGGGCCCGCCCCCCCCAGCGCAAGCACAGGGACCCCACGUGGGUGGGGGAGCUGCUCUGUGACCCUGUCCUUGACCUGAACCCCAUGGAAGGAAGUGCUUUGCUAAUGGCUCAUUCCCCAAGGGCCGCACUGGUCUUACCUGAGGGCACUGCUAGGGCAGAAAUCAAUGUCAAAGAACACAGAACAUUGCUCUGUUAAUGAGGGUAAUUUAAUUAAUUGGCAAUUAGUCUGCUUCUGAUAGUUAAGUUUUAACCAGAAACAACUAGACUUUAUAUCAUCAUAGCUUUUCUAGCCUGGAUGGAUGAAUAAAUAACUAGGGAGAAAGAGUGGGUCACACAGCUAGCAGGGGCCAGUGCUGCUGCUUUUGGCUAACGCAGUAAUGCUAAGGCUUAUAAUUCUUCAAGGGCUCAAUGAAAAGGCAUGAAAAAGAGUGAAUUGUUUUAGUAUCCAGUUGUCCCUGCAUUCUGACACAAAUCCCUGGAGACUCUGCCUGUGAUCACCAUUUCUUACAGUCUCAGCGUGUCUGAUAUUUAACAGUUAAAAAUCCAAACCCAGUUUACAAACUGUGCUGUUGUGAAUGGGUAGCCCUUUGCUGGGAAAUCUGUGCUUCUGUUGAGCUGUAGCAUAUGUACCGUCAGUGUGCCUGUAUGUAUUAAAAUGUCUUCUGUACACUGGAAGCCACUGUCCUUUCUUUGUCAGCUGUGUGUGUGUGUGUGUGUGUGUGUGUGUGUGUGUAUGUGUGUGUAAUCGUUUCCCCGAGGGGUAGGGCUGUGGGUUCCCAAAGUCACCUGUUCUUAUUUCCAUAUCCUGCUGUGAGGAAUGUCCUUCACCAGAGACAAGGUGGUAUUAGAGAGGAUGUUUCAGAACCAUGGAAUGUUAGAGAUGAUGUCCUCCAAGUAUGAGAUGCGGGACAAUCCAGCUGAUCCACAUGUGUAGAAACUGAGAACCUGAGCCCUCCUGCAGUUACCUAAGGAAGCACAGGCCAGGACUCUGGAUUUUGCCUUUCACUAUGAUCUUAAGGCUGUGGACAGUUCAUGCACCUAUUUUUUCAGCACUGUGUCUUCCUACCCAUCAAUAUCUUUGUCCUGUCCUAUUCUACAUAUCCAAGCAGCAGGUGGAUGUUCCAAGCCCAGAACCUAGGACAGGAAGGCAAUCAACAG